CCAUCCUUGAACCCCCUCCUCUCUCUCUCUCUCUCUCUCUCUCUCUCGUCCUUGCUGCAAUUGAAUAUUCCGGCGCGGCCGACCGGACCGUAAGGUCGGAUUCCCUGUCUGAAAGUUGGCUUCCGACAGCAUCCACGGCGGUCGGGUUCUCCGGAUUGCACGGAUUCUGGCAUCCUAAACCUCGCUGUUUCACUCCAAAUUACUUAGAAUCGCGUAGUGAGAAAGAAAGUAGCUGAUGAUGAUGAUGAUGACAGAGGUUGCUGUUCAGAAGAGAAGAAGCCAUGAUAGCUUCCUCCUCAGCAACAUCGCCGGUGCCGGCGGAGGUCACAGUCACAGCAACAGCAUUACCACCGCCACCACCACCACCACCACUACCGCUUGCAGUGGACUGACCGCCAAGAGGCUUAAAACUAGUGGUGGUGUUGGGGGAGGAGGCAUGAUCUCCACCAAAGAGAAGAAGGACAAGAUUGGAGAGCGUGUAGCCAAGCUGCAACAACUGGUGUCUCCUUUUGGCAAGUCGGACACAGCGUCGGUUCUUCAAGAGGCCAGUGGAUAUAUCAAAUUCCUCCACGAUCAACUCCAGGUGCUGAGUGCUCCGUAUCUGCGGAGGACGUCGCCGACCGGAAAGAUUGAGGAAGCUGAGCACUGCAGCCUAAGAAGUCAUGGCCUCUGUCUCAUGCCGACCUCCUCUGCGCUCAGAAUUGCCCGAGGCAACGGCGCUGAUCUCUGGGCUCCUGCCGGUUCAAUCAGACAACCGUAACUCUAAAGAUUUUAUCGCUUACUCCCACCGUGCGAAGAAAUGGCAUCAUGGUGGAAGCUUUUUUUAGAGACAGAUUGCUAGUUAAAAUCCUGACUCUAUUCGUAUCUGGUAGCACUGAGCUAUGGUAAGGGUGUAGUAUUGGGCUACGGUAGAAUGCCUCAUGAGUUAUGCAUUAAUAUCCUGCUGCUGGAAGCAGCCAAAGCUCUGUUAUGUAUUACCAUUCAUCCUAGUGAAGAAAUGGAUAUGAGCAUAUGGUUCUGAUUUCUAUCA